AUGGAACGGAAAAGAUCGGAAAUGCCGCCAGUGCCUCAGAAAAAUGAACAUGCUUCAGAAGAAGUAGAGGAACCAAAAAAAUUGUCGGUCAGAGAAGAAGUAUUUAGAAAACUUGCUUCCAUAAGUCGUCCUAAAAAAGGCGUGGAAAUCCCAGUUAGGAAAGGAAUGGAGCGUGGUAUUAGAGCUAUAAUUCUAGGUCCACCAGGCUCUGGUAAAGGAACUGUUGCAAAUGUUGCAUCUCAAGAAUUUUGUGCAUGUCAUCUCUCAACUGGUGACCUCUUACGAGCUGAAGUUGCUGAGCAAACAGAGUUGGGAAAGAAGAUAAAGGCAACUCUCGAUGCAGGGAAAUUAGUUUCAGACGAUGUUGUUUGUGAAAUGAUCGAGAAAAACUUGGAAAAACCAGAAUGCAAGAAGGGUUUCUUACUUGACGGCUUUCCUAGAACUACUGCUCAGGCGCAAAAACUGGACAAAAUCCUUGAAGAUAGAGAAACACCAUUGGAUACAGCAGUGGAACUUGCAGUGAAGGAUGAUGUUUUGGUUGAACGUAUUACUGGACGUCUCUAUCAUUCUGAAAGUGGCAGAGUAUACCAUUCAAAGUUUAACCCACCGAAGAUCCCCAUGAAAGAUGAUAUCACUGGUGAACCUUUGGAACAUCGUAAAGACGAUACAGAAGAAGUAUUACGGCAGCGUUUGGCUACCUUUCCACUAGUUACAUAUUACACUAGACGAGGACUUCACCAACGUGUUGAUGCUAAUGUCCCACCAGAAAAAGUUCUAGAGAGAGUCAAAUCGAUUUUCUCAAGAUUUUGUUGGUAA